AUAAAUCUGAAAAAUAAUUUGUUGUUAAACAGCACUAUUAAUGUCACAAUUUUGAUAAAUGUGGAAAUGCAAAGAAAAAGGAAAAUUAGUUUUUCUGUAGGCAGAAAAGGUGUCUAGUUUUUUUUAAAUUUUAAAAUAAGAAAUAUAAACAUAAAUACCAUGAACGCCCAUUGUAACAUAUAUGUCACAUCACAGAUCUUUGACAUUUACGGGUAGUAUAAAAAAAACAAUUAGAAAUGUGUUCUAUGUGGUUCACUUGGUCUGUGGUAUAUCCCCUAUAAUGUUCCUUCAAGGAUAAAUAGGUCUGGGUUCUUAUGGGUUAGAUUUUUAAUGUAGUUAAUAAAAAAUUCCCUGUUGUGGGACUAAUAAAGGAAUAUCUUAUUUGUUAAUGUUUAAUUAUUUAAGACUGGACUUUGUAAGUUUGUGCACCUUCUUCUCAAACAGCCAACAGAUACAACAAACUGAUUGUAUCAACUGGACAAUAGGCAGUGCAGUGUCUGAUGUAAUGUUUGUUUUAAAUGUGCAAUCAGACAUGUCGCACUGCCACACUGUUGGAAACCUGUUGAUGUGUAUGUAGGUCACAGCGUGCUCCACCAGCAGGGGUCGCUGCUGAGACUGCAUUAAGUCACUGUUCACCAGUCUGUUGUAAAUAAAGCUUUGGCAGAACGCGUGGGUGAUAAUUGUGGAAGGAGCGUCAGAAACGCUGAAGUAACACUACCUUCUUUAAAAAGGAUUAUUUUGAACACGCUAAGUUGUACUUAUUUUUGUAUCUAUCUUGAAUAUUACGGGUAACGAGUGAACCCCUGAAAACAUGGCAGAGAGUGACUGGGACACCGUGACUGUGUUGAGGAAGAAGGGGCCGACUGCUGCCCAGGCCAAAUCCAAGCAGGCAAUCACAGCUGCUCAGAGACGUGGGGAGGACGUUGAGACAUCCAAGAAAUGGUCUGCAGGGCAGAACAAACAGCAUCUUGUGACAAGGAACACGGCCAAACUGGACCGGGAGACAGAGGAGCUACACCAUGACAGGGUUCCCCUAGAGGUGGGCAAGGUCAUCCAGCAAGGCAGACAGGAGAGAGGUCUGACCCAGAAAGACCUGGCCACUAAAAUUAAUGAGAAGCCUCAAGUCAUUGCGGACUACGAGUGUGGGAGAGCAAUUCCCAACAACCAGGUCAUGGGCAAGAUCGAGAGAGCAAUCGGGUUGAAACUGCGUGGAAAGGAUAUUGGCCUACCCUUGGAGGCAAAACCCAAGAAGAAAUGAACACAAAGCCUCGAAAUCAGCCCUCCCCUUUCCCCGUCUUUCCCUGUUUCUAAAACCAGAACCCUCUCCCCACCCCAUUUCAAAGAUCCCUUUAAAACUCCAUUCUUUUCCUCUCCUCCCCUCCCCCUCCUUCUAUCUGGGCUGAUCUCACCUGCGUCCUGCCGAGGACCUGGUGCUCCACUGCAUUACAGGCUGCAUACUGAAACAGUUUCUUGACCACAAAAUCAAACGAAUGAUCGAACGUUUUUUUUCAACGUCACAAACUCGAAGUUCUGUGAAUCUUCUUUUCACCUGUCUGCUUAAGCUUUGGCAUGAUAAAUUCAACUUUUUGAUAGUAAUGUAAACUCAUUGAAAAAGUAGAAUUAUUUUCAUAGCCAAACAAACUAGUUUGACUCACAUUAAUUCUGAGCAUGAUGUUAAGCCAAAAGUGCUUGAUUGCAUCUUUUUCACACUUGACAGUGGGUUGGAUGUCAUUACAGUGUUGAAAUGUUUUAAUGCUGUGCUUUGUUUUGAUCUAAAAACAAUAAAGUUUGGCAGUUCAUGACA